GUAUGCACUCUAUGGGUGUCAUGUUGUUUCUUGCCUGCUAACUUUAUCAGUGUGGGAUUAGUUUUUAAUCUUUUUCGAUUUAGCUUUGCUAUGCAUUAUGUCGUUUUGCGAGCUUCAGUCUCUCGCUAGUCGCUGGACUGUUUGUUAUAAAAAAUGUCGAGCUAUCCAUCAUCGUCUGGUGAAUUUAUUUGUGGUGACGAUGAUCUUUGUGAGGCGGAUGUUCCGCGAGUGCGGGACGUGUCAUGUGGCCCGCCCUUGCCACCUGGCCGAUUUGAGCAGGCCUGUGCAAGGGUUUAUCUACGUGGACCUUUAUCGCUGCGGGUUACCUAUGACUUUGAAUUGGAGGAGCGUAUUAUAGAGGAGGUAGUUCCUCUCUCUCUCAGUUUCCUCCACUGGGAGUGGGAGUUUUUAAACAUUUUUCGGGCAGAGGAGGCUCGCCUCUUUGAAGAGAUGCGGGCCCAACAGGGAGUUGGUCGUGCGGCGCGUCUUCGCCUCUUGUGCCGAGGUGGACCCGGCAUUGGGAGGGCCCGUGGCCCGCUGCCUCCUGCCCACCUUCUGGAGGGAUUGCGAGGACCUGGUCGUGGACAUGGUCGCCCGCAUGGGCGUUAAGGAUCCAGGAUGGUCCUCGAUCUCGGCUAUCCCACCGCUGCCACCAAUAAUGUCGUGCCCGGCGGGGCACGGGGUGUGGGGUAGCCGGGAGUAUAAAAUAGAACCGUAUUAUCCUUUAGCGUUUUUAUUGUAUUUUUAGUUUACAAAUAUAUAUUCGCUUAAUAUCUU